GACCAUUUUAGUCGUUUAAAAUCAGUCGCACGGUCAUUCCGUGGUACACAAGUUGUGUAACAAACAGACGGAAUACGUUCUUUUCUGAUUCAAUUUAAUUACGAUGAGAUCUUUAUUCGUAUGGGCCCUGCUGGCCCUGUUUGUGUGUGUGCAGUCGCGCACCACACAUGUGCAACAGCCAAUCACAGCGCAGAUAACGUCCCUAACAGACAAGGAUGCGCGUAGAAAGGCCAGUGUACACCCAGCGUUCUCUAACGCAGGCAGGCAAGCUGGUGUUGAAGCAUGGAGGAUCGUGGACUUCAAUCCGGUUGCCGUAGCGCAAAACGACAUUGGUAAAUUCCAUAAAGGAGAUUCUUAUAUUGUUCUUAAGACGACAGCUGACAAAAAGAACAAUCUAUCCUGGGACAUAUACUACUGGAUCGGUAGUGAGUCAACACAAGACGAAUCGGGAGCGGCGGCCAUAUUGACUGUAGGGUUGGAUGAUAAAUUCAACGGAGCUGCGAUACAGCACAGAGAGACGUUAGGACACGAGAGUCAGCAGUUCCAAUCUUUAUUCAGACCAGCUAUCAAGUAUCUCGACGGUGGGGCUACGUCUGGUUUUAACCAUGUGGUGACAAACCCUGGUGCGGAAAAGCGAUUGUUCCAUAUCAAAGGAAAGAAGAAUAUACGUGUUAGACAGGUGGACCCACUAAUCGCUUCAAUGAAUAAAGGGGAUUGCUUCGUUUUGGACAUAAAUAAUGAUAUUUAUGUAUACGUGGGUGACAGUGCUAACCAUAAGGAACGUCUGAAGGCGAUAUCAUUCGCUAACCAGGUUAGAGACCAGGACCACAACGGCAGAGGAAGGGUCGAUAUCGUUGACCAAUACUCAAGUGAUAGCGAUGUCCAGAAAUACUUCACCGCCUUAGGUUCAGGAACAAGGGAUAUAGUACCUGAAGCAAGUGCCGGUGGAGAUGAUCAGACUUUCGAACGGAGCGAAGAAGAUGCAGUUUCUCUAUCUGAGAUAUCUGACAGCAAGGGAUCUCUGGUUGCUACUCCUCUACGCAAGCCAUUCAGGCAAGAAAACUUAAAACCACAAGAAGCUUAUAUCUUGGACACUGUUAGUGGAAGUAUUUAUGUAUGGCUGGGAAGACAAGCCACAAAAAGAGAAAAGACAGAAGCGAUGUCAAAAGCACAACAGUUGUUGAGAUCUAAAAAUUAUCCAUCAUGGGUGCAAGUGACAAGGAUUCCCCAAGGCACGGAGCCAGCGGCGUUCAAACAAUACUUCGCGACCUGGCAGGACGCUGGCAUGUCACACAGUCGACUUGUAAGAUCUAUUCACGCCAAAACAACAAUGAAUGAAAACUCGAUUCAACCGAAACUCUACAAAGGCGUAGUCAAAUCAGAAACUGUUAUGGUAUUCGAGGAAAUACCUAAUUUUCAACAAACUGAUUUAAGACAGGAUUCGGUGUUUGUACUAGACAUGGGCGAUGAGUUAUAUGUGUGGGUAGGAGAAGAUGUGUCCGACUUAGAAAGAAAAGUAACAUUUAAUAUACAUACUCAUCUAAUACAGCUAAAGGCUAAUUUCAGUAAGAAUUGGGAUGUUAUAAUGACGAAACAAGGACUAGAACCUGAAUGUUUUAAGAAAUCAUUUGGGAAAUGGCAACCCGAGUUACUAGAGAAAUUAAGAAAUAGUGACAGUGAUGAAAAAUAUGAUGCAUUGAAUUUCAACGAAAUAGAUGACUAAAGGAAAUAAUUGAAAUACAA